AAACAUGUACACUGUUUUUGUUUGAACGAUGUUUGAAGACAUCGCGGGAGACAUCCUGAAAUAACAUGAAUUUGCAGCAAAAUGUAGCGCCCGCGCCGCGGCGCUGCCGUCGCUCUCGCCCGUUUAUCCGACGCCAUUUUCACACAACCCGCAAGCUUUCCCGCAAACAGAUCAGUAAGCAUCCCCCACGGCGACAACAUCUUGGGCUACGAGUCGUGUCGCAAGCUACGGGCCCAUCGCACGUGCUCGCAUCGCACUCAGCUGACAACUAAUUAUUGUUUUUUUCGAAACCUUUAUUUUAUUUUGUGAAGAAGAAGACGGGAAAAUUGUAAUCCGAUGACACUUAUCCAAAGAGAUCAGGAAGCGAAAGAGGCAAACAUGGAUGGAUCGCCUUCCAAAGAAGACAGCGGAAAGUCCUUGAGGCCGGUGCGAAACAGGAGAUAUACUCGGAGAAGCUUAGUAGCAGGUCAGCGGCCACAGAAGAGACUUUUCACACCAGAAAUAAAACGAUAUUUGAAAGAUUGGCUCGUUCGUCGGAGAGACAAUCCUUACCCAAACCGAGAAGAGAAAAAAUAUCUCUCGAGAGAAACAGGACUCACUUACAUACAGAUUUGCAACUGGUUUGCCAAUUGGAGAAGAAAAUUAAAGAACGUGAACGCAGAUCGUAACCAACAAACAUGGGGCCAUCUGAUUCGUACCUACAAUGAUCGCGCCCAAGGCAAUGUCGAACAAUUCAGUAUCUGCUCAGACGACAGCAUUUGGAGCGAACCCGAAGCGCAUCCUGAUGAUAACCUGGACAUCGAUGCUCGACUCGAAAGUAGCCCGGAAUCUAAUGAAGAUUAUAAUCAUCCAGACACCGAUUCAUCGCUGUCCACUGAGAAAUGCGAAAGCUUUAAUAAUAACUCUAAUGAAAUCGAUCACAUGAGUGGAAAAAUAGAAAACUCUAAGAACAUUACGAGUCCCCUUCUAUUAAGCAAAUGGUUAGAAAGCGCUGCGCGGUUUCAACCUAGUGAGACUAACUAUUCAUGGUGGGGUGAGGGUAGACGACGGAAGAUUGAUUCAAAGUCUCAGACGUUGGUGAACAGUUUGCGUCACGAUCGAGAUGAAGUUGAAGCAGCAGUGGCACUGACAGCUCUAGCGUCCGCCACUACUCGUGUGACAGCACCUUAAUUUUUCUAUCCAACAGAAAUCAAAAGUAUCAUGUCAAAAAUCUUAUUUGACACAUGGCGAAGUAGUCUACUCGUCUAACCGACGUGCUAACUCAGGCGCCGGUUUCGUAAAGUUUUUCACAGACAUUGUUUGAGAUGAUACAUUUUUGCAUUUUUUUUACAUUGCUCAAGUUUAAAACAAAUAUAAUAUUGUUUUAAGGUAGCCAUAAUGUUUUGAUCUCUUAUAGACUGGUCAUAAGUUUAAAUCAUAUAUACCAAAGAUUGUGUU